AUUCAACCACUCAAGUUCCCUAUAAUAAUGAUAGGCUCUAUAUUGUGGAGUGUUCUAUUAAUACAGUUAGCUACAGGAUCUCCAGUAGUAUCACGAUCAACCAAUGAUUCAGAAGUUAAGACCUGCGAUAGUACAGAAUGCUGUAAAUGUGAACGUGCUGAGACUCAUAAAGAUGUACUUAAGGAAGGAACAGCUUUAACAAUAAAUGAAAUGGAGGAAAACAUAAAAAGGAUGUUCCCUGAUUUUGAUGAAGAAAGUAACCAGUCAGACUAUAUCAAGAUUCACAGACUGAAGAAAUUCCAAUUGGAAAUGAUGCAAAAAGAAGGGAAAUCAAAUUUUCUAAAAUACUUUGCAUCAUUGAUUGAUGAAAUGAUAAAAAACUCGUGUACGGUUUAUCCAAAGGCAUGCAAGAGUGGAAAACAGACAAGCAGGGCAAUCACUGAGCUCAAAAUAAGAGAAGAAGCAGAAAAAAUAAAUCAUCGUUUGAGAAGUAGUCCAUUCAAAAAUAUAGGCUGCGAGGUCACAGAUAGUAACAAAUGGAAAGCGUGCAAGAUUAAAAAAUACAACUUACUGAAAGAAAUAAUUGACAUAAAAGACUCAUGUUCGUACUUAGAUGAGGAUUGCAGCAGAUAUAAUUAUGACUAAAGUUUUCAUUUGUUACAUCUAAGGCACUUAAUUACUGUAAUUCAAUCUUAUUAUUGCAUCAUGAUAUUUUUGUAUAAAUAAUUUACUGAAAUGAAAUGGAAGUAUGAAAUCAG